AUGGACGCACAGCGACCGGGUUCUCAGAAGCUCCCCGCGGGAUUGGCAGGGGUUCUGAACCCGGACGAGAACCGCGACUCGGCCUACUUUUCCAGUACGGAUGCCUCGAGCAAGCACAACUCUGCCGCCUCAGGCAUGGGCAGCAAUGUCCUCAGUCCCACUGGCUCAGGGUACCAAUCCUCGCUGGCGGACAAGACGCCUUCACCUGUCACCGCCAACCUGGUGCCCCAACCUCUGGUGUCACCUGCGCAGACCAACAUGAGCGUUGCUUCUAUGGUUUCACCGACGACGGCCGCCAGCACCGACCCGCGUCGGUUCGAGCGUCCGACAUCACUGGACUCGGGCAUGGCCCACGACAUGAUGAGUUCCGGCUCUCGCAGAGAGAGCGUCGACAGCAGGAUAAACCAGGGUUUUCACGACAUGCGAUUGGGCGGAAAUUCUCCCUACGCGAGCCACAACCAGUCGACGACGUCGAUACAAAACACCCUUAACCAGCAGCGCAACCCCCGCAAUGGCCUUGACAACCUCUCAGUACACCGCAUCUCCAACGGCUACCAGCCUAGCAACGACAGAAACCCUGAGCAUCCCAAGACCAUCCGGACCGCUCCAGCCAUCACCGGUCCCGCGACGAGUAAUAUUGCCAGGGCACCCGAGCCCACAAAGGGUCAGGCAUGGGCGUUCCCCGAGGAGGACAUCCAGCGGAUCGGUCCGCACGACACAUAUCUCGACUCCAGGCGAAGUAGUAUUGCCGAGUCGAUAGCCAGCAGCCAGUUUACUACAGAAUCAAGAUUGCCACCCGGCCAGAGGCGCUUGGACGAACCCGCCGACUUCAAUAACCGCCUGUCGAGCACAUCUUCGGAAUUCCCUCCCGUACAUCACCACUCCCUCCAACAUAAGCAGAUCGGGGACCUCCGUGAUGACGAUGCCGCCUCGCGAACCGGCUCCCAGCCGUAUAGCCGCACACCCGAGCUUCGCAAGAGCCACAAGUUGGCGGAGAGGAAGAGAAGAACGGAAAUGAAGGAGCUUUUCGACCAGCUGCGCGAUCUGAUGCCACAGGAGCGAGGUUCUAAGGCAUCUAAGUGGGAAAUACUCACCAAAGCAAUCUCGGAGCAUCAACGAAUGGCUGAAGUCAUGCGAAUUGUGCAGUCGCAAAACACAACUUUGGCCCAAGAGAAUGAUGGCCUUCGACAGGACAACCAUAACCUGCGCAUCGAUAUUCAGCGUCUUCAAAGCGAGUUGCACAACACGCGGCUACAACAACCUCCGGCAGGCCAGGCGUCAGCUCAAUCGCAAGCCGCGCCGCCGGCGCCACCGCCGGCGGCGGCGGCAUACCAGACAGAUCCCUACGCGAAUCGUCGUGAGUUGCCACCCAUUCGGGGCUUGAACGGCAACAUGCCCAACGGACCCGACUCGAUGACGGGCGUCCAAUAUGAAGCCCCCCGGAUAAAUGGCUACCGCCCCGAGAGGUACUGA